AUGUUACCAUCCAGUCCCCCGAAAGCGUCAAAAAAUCCACGACAUAUUGCGCAGAAAGGAGACAAACGUCCAAUCGCAGAACUCUUACCGCUCGAGAUAAUUGAAUAUGUCUUCGAAAUUGGAGCGCGUGCGGAAGAAGCAGACAAGGGUUGGGACGGCGUCCGGAAUGCAAAAUACGGCAUGAACGGGCUACUAUCUUUCCCAGCGCGUGUGUCGCAUGUAUGUCGACGCUGGAGAAAUAUUACUAUCGACAUGCCUACACUAUGGACAAAACUCGACUUUACUGAGCCUCGUCCUUUCGUGAAGAGCAAGUGUUGGCUCGAUGGAUCGAAAAAGGCCCCAUUGGAUCUGUAUAUUGACUUGUCGCCAGUUGAGGUCGAAAUUGACGUGGAUGAUAUUGACAAUCAAGACGACGAAAACGAGGAAGAUUGA